CAGAAGUCCCAAACCUACAACACCAAAUAAAGAAACCCAAACCAUUUCUGCCACUCCUUUACAUCAUCUCUUGACAAUUGUCCAUCCAUCUGGUGCCAAUUCAAGCCCAAUCUGAGACAUUGCUUCAAGCUCUCAUCUCUUUCGGAACCACUGUCAGCGGAAAAAAGAAAAGGAAGUUAAAAGACCUGAAAAAGUCAAGACUGCUGUGACCUUGAUAACUUGGGUAGCAGAGGCACUUAAGUGAUGAUCUGUCCAGAGACAGACACAGUUCCUUUUCUUUUCAUGGGUAUGACACAGUGAAGCAUUUCACCAGUCAAGUACCAGCCCAAGCACUUAAGAAGCACCCAGACAACCAUUCUGGAUGUUGUAGAACACAGAGGACAGGAGUCUAUGAAACAAGUGAAACAGUGAAAUUUAGCAAAAAUGGCCUGUGARUUUAAUCUGAACUUCCUUAAGGAAUUGGAACGGGAGGCUGUUCUGGAAGUCCUGUACCGUGACCAAAUGGUGAGGAAAACAGAGGAGGAAAGAAUAAGAAAAAUGAAACUGCAGCUGCAGCAACUUCGUUGGAAAGGGGCAAAAAAUGUGAGGCAUGACUACCAGGAGAGAUGUUGUGCUCGCUGUCAGAAAUCACUGGGGCUGUUGAUGAACAGAGGAGCCGUGUGCAAUGGAUGCAGCCAUCGGGUGUGCUCCGAGUGCCGUGUCUGCCUCAACCCCGGCCUUUGGAAAUGCACCAUUUGUUUUGCUCAUGGAGAUGUGAAAGUGAAGGCUGGUGAAUGGUUCUUUGAGGAACGAGCAAAGAAAUAUCCAGGUGGAGGCAGACAUGAAACAGUUGGUGCAAAGCUCUUGGAAUCUUAUGAGAAUUUGAGUAAAAUUUCUGUUGUACCUCCAACGCCUCCUCCUUUCACAGAAUCAGCAGCGGGAACCAAUGUGAUGGUAAAUGAACUUGGAGAGUCUAAAAGGUUUAAUAAGUCUGUGGAAAACCUGUUUUUGUGUCUCACAACACAUAUAAAAAAAAUAUCAAAAUCYCAGAACGAUAUGGCUGACAGAUGUGUCCUAACCACAGAUUAUGGGAAGAAUGUGGAAAGAAGGAACCAAAGAAGGAGCCAGUCUGACACUGCAAUCAACAUUACAAGCAGGAUGAAAAGUACACCCAGUCUGCAGCAGCUCAUCACCAGUGUCCAAAAUGAUGGUGAAACUCAGAGCCAAAGCAGCUGCAAGGAGGAAGAASACAUAACAACCAGUCCCACAAGUGAUACAGUUUUCUGUGAUGGAAGAAAACAUGGAAGUUUGUUUAGUCUUAGCAGCACUUGCACUGAGUCUGGCAAUUUUGGCAAGGCUAACAUCACGGGAGAAAUAGAGUUUGCCUUAAAGUACAACUUCAGAUCUUGCAUCUUGGAAGUUUGCAUCAAGGGAUGCAAGAACCUGGCCUAUGGAGAGGAGAAGAAGAGAAAGUGUAACCCGUAUGUUAAGGUUUAUUUGCUUCCUGAUAAAUCUCCUCAGAGUAAGCGGAAGACAGCUGUGAAAAGGAGCACAGUGGAUCCUGAGUUCGAUGAGACUUUGAAGUACAAGAUUGAAUACUCCMAGCUGAGCAGUCGGCAGCUUCAGAUCUCUGUGUGGCAUGCAGGAGCUCUCAAAUACAGGGUGUUUUUGGGCGAAGUGGUGAUUCCCCUGGCAGCAUGGAAUUUUGAAGAAGAGUCAAUGCAGUUGUUUGACUGUUACCCGCUCAAACCCAAGCUUGAGAAGCCUGAAGAUGAUCUUAUCCAGUACAGCAGUGAACUCCUCGUGUCUGCAAGGCUGUCAGUACCAGCCCAGUAUCAAAAUCUCCAGUUUGAAGGAAACAAAGACCAAGGAGUUCUCAACUGCCAGCUUCAGGUUAUGAUAAUUGGAGCCAAGAACUUGCCUGUGCUGAAAUCCGCUGCAAUGCUGAACUCCUUUGUUAAAGGUUGUCUUAUCCUUCCAGAUCAAGCAGAGGUAAAGCAAAAGUCCCCUGUCCUGAAGAAGGAAGCCUGUCCACAGUGGAAACAUUUGUUUGUCUUUGAUGCUGUGACCCCAGCUCAGCUACGGCAGUCAUGUCUACACUUGACAGUCUGGCASAAGUCAACUUUCAGCUCGAGUGAUCAAUUCCUAGGAGGAGCCAAGCUUGGUGCAAGUUCUUUAUCACUGAAAGUUGAAGAGGAGUCCUUUGGCUCCACAGACUUUGCCUCUCAGGCAGUGCACCAUUGGCAGGAASUGCUCCGCAACCCAAACACAUGGAUGGACUUCACACUUGUACUGCAUUCAAAUAAGGAAAACUUCAAAUCAUGAGAGAUUAUCACACAGCAACUUUUCCUUUCCUGUGUCUGGUGUUUUAAACUGAAGUGGUACAUACACUUGAGAUUUGAGGAAAGGUACACUGCAACAGCAUCUAUUCAAGUUUUUGGGGAACAGAAUUAUGUAUUUGAAUGGGCGUGACGUUCUCAAUGUUUUAUUUCUUCAAAAGUUAAGGCUUUAACCUGUAUCUCUAGCUGGAGUGUAAGGAUCAUAUUGUUUCUUCCGAAGUGAUAGCCUCAGUUAGAGGUGCAUUAUGCUGACAAAGCAACACUAGCCAGACAAUAUGCAGUUUUCCCUUUCAAGGCCUAGCAGAACCAUUGUAAUUUAAUUUAAAACACAACUAGGACUACUUCAGAGAAAAUAACUUUUACAGCAAGAAGGUUACAUUGGCUUACUCUGAUGUUGUAUCUACAGAAUUCAAAAMCAGCUUAUCUUUGCUUGCUGCAAAUGGGUGAUGCUAAUGCUUCUGUGCUUCAGCAUUAUCUACACUGCCACUAAUUUCAUGUGACCCGAAAAAGCUUUGGCCCAUGGCCACAUCUCUCAAAUGUGUGCUAUGGCAUGGUGCUUAAAAAGUUAAAUGUAUAAAUUCUGUCAGUAGCAGUGUGGGACUACAGCCAAUAGAAUAAGAGUGGGUGUAACAAGUUCCUUCUUAUCARCUACCACUGUAAAACAGAAUUAGCAACUCUGAUCCAGAGGGUGUGCAGCACAUGACAAGAGUGUUACUAAGUCUAUAAUUUCUUCAUGUGGACAAGCUUAGGGCUGAAUUCCUGUGUCAGUUUGCCUUGCCUUGGCUGUAGUGUUAGAGGCAGCAGCAGAAACUUGUGUACAACUGUAAUGAGUGCUGCUGUGUUACACUUUUAGUCCUUACUGCAGGUAUGGCCCCUUCUUCCUUUCUAGGGUAGUGUGGCUUUUAAGGCUUUGAGAUCUGAAGACACAGGGACUUGUAAG